AUGGAUCUCCUCUCCGCUGCGUACGGCGCUACCUCCGACGACGAGGAUGCUGCUGGUCCACCCUCCUCCACGCCGGUUGCCACCGGGUCCGCCUCCUUCGCUCCACCUCCCCUGAAGCGGCCGCGGUGGGAAUCUCACCAAUACCUCCCUCCAACCCACUGCUUCCCGCAACAGCCCCUGCUCAACGCAGCGACACCGCUGGCAUCUCCAUCCAGUGGCAGGUACGUUUCCAAGAGGGAGCGUGCUCUCCUGGCUUCAUCGCAGGCACAUGUAGAAUCCGGAUCACCCCUGCCUCCGCGGAUGAGUAUGGAGUUUGAUUGCGCAGAUGGCUCUAUCACCUAUACAAAUCUACGAGCUGACAUUUUGCAUUCCUUGCGAUGCCAACCAAAGCCUGGACCAAGCACAAGUUUCCCUUUGAAGCUCUCAGUUUGUUUGAAGGGUCACACUAAGGCAAUCAACUGUGUAGAUUGGUCACCAAGUCAUGGGCAUCUUCUUGCUUCUGCUGGAAUGGAUCACACGGUUCAUGUAUGGAACGUAUGGGACAAGGGGAAUACCACUGCUCGUGUUUUGAAACAUCACACUGCUGCUGUAAAGGAUGUAAGGUGGUCCCUUCAUAGGCCCUUUUUACUUUCUGGAGGGCUUGAUUGUUCUGUACAGCUAGUCGAUGUUGUUGAGGGAAAAGUAAUGAAAGUAUUCAAGGAGGAUCAAUCUGUGGAGGUUAUCAAGUUCAAUCCAAGCAACCCCGAUAUCUUCCUAUCUGGUGGGUCCAAGGGUUCCCUUAGACUCUGGGAUAUUCGAUGUGGUCUGGUUACAAAAGAAUUUCAUAGAAACCUUGGAACCAUCCUUGACAUUGACUUCAGUGCUGAUGGGAGACAAUUUAUCUCUUCAACUGACACAACCAGAAGCAAUAUUAGUGAGAACACUAUAAUUGUUUGGGAUGUCAUGCGACAAGUUCCUUUAUCUAACCAGGUUUAUACUGAAGCAUUCACAUGCCCAUGUGUAAGAUACCACCCACGUGAAGCAUCUUUUGUUGCACAAUCCAAUGGGAACUACAUUGCUAUUUUUUCAGCAAGGCCACCCUUCAAGCUGAACAAGUAUAUGCGGUUUGAAGGACAUGGAGUGUGGGGUUUCCCUGUAAAGUGCAACUUUUCCCUGAGCGGAAGAGAACUUGCAUCUGGUUCAUCCGAUGGAUGCAUUUACUUUUAUGAUUACAAGUCGGCAAGGCUUUUAAGGAAAAUAGAAGCCUUCAAAGAAGCAUGCACUGAUGUUGCGUACCACCCAGUAAUGCCAAAUGUGAUUGCUUCUUGUAGCUGGACUGGUGAAAUAUCUGUCUUUGAGUGA